AUGGAAAGAAUGAGGCAGGAUCAUCUCUGUAAAUUUCCUCCGUGUUCUCUUAAUUUCAAUUCUCAGCUCGCGGGUUUGAAGAAUUCCAUAGGAUUAUGGGAGGAUAUGAUAAACAAAACUUCAAAGUUGAGUGCUUCACUAAAAACUGUGAUUCAGUGCAUCGGUGGUUUUCUAGAAGCAUUUCAGAAAAUUGCUGAUUGUGCAUAUGGCAGCAACUGUGGUUUAAAGGAUUUGGGUUCUUCAAUGACUCGAUUCUGUUUGCGCGAACGGGGACUGGAAUCUAGAUUACGCACUUUUAACAGUCAACUCACCGAGUGCUUAACUGCCCCGCUUGUCGAUCGUCUUGAAGAAUGGAAACGUUCAGUGGCUCAGUUGGAUCGAGAAAAUGGGAAAGAGUGGCGUCGAGCAAAAAGUGAACUUCAGAGAGCAACAUGUGAGCUAGAAAAGCUUUCAAAGCGUUCUCGUCGAAAAGGAAGCUCAGCAUCCAGUUGUACUGUUGGUGGUAUUAGUGGGAGUGUGGAUUCCAGUUCGCAUAAUGAAAUUUACGCAUUUUCCACGAUGCAGUCUAUAGAUUCAAAUAACAAUACUGUUCUUCAUUCUGGUGAUAAUAUGCACUUAAAUUUUGUUCAACAUGAUCUAAUUUUGAAACAGCAAACUUUAGCAGAAUUGGAGCGUGUUAGUUUACGAAGAGCAGUUGUUGAAGAACGUAGACGAUUUGCUGAAUUGCUUACCUGUUUAAAACCGGUUUUGGACUCAAAGUUAGCCAUAUUUGGAGACGUCAGUUUGUUCGAAGAAUCCAUUCAAGCUAUCACACACAGUUUAUAUGAUCCAAAUCAAAUACCUAGUGAUAUAGAAGAAGCAAUUGAUUAUGCAGUUGGUCUUGUUACUUCGAAUGUUUUAUGUGAUCGUAAAUAUUCCACAUCCUUUGGUAGUGGCACUCGAUCCGAUUCACGGUGUACAAUACGAUCAACGAAACAUUCAACAAGUUCUACCACUAUCGGAAAUGGAUUAGAAUAUUCUAAUAGUACUGGUUUAUCUUGUCAUGCAUCAGAGCUAAGUUUACAAUCUUCAAUAUCUGUAUCGACAAAUGGAUCCUGGAAUAAUAGUAAUAAUAACUGUAUUAGCGGUGGCAGUGGUAGUAAUUAUUCACAAUCUACAAUUCAUGCAUCUGAACAGCACUGUGAUGUUUUAAACCCAACACAAAAUUCUGGUGCUACUGAUAACCUCUUGUCUCAUACAACUGGUGGCGGUGUUGGAGAUUCAGUUAGCCUUUUUGAAAAUCCAGAUGGUUCAAUCAGUGGCGAAUCCGGUUCAUUAGGACGACCAGUACCAAAUUCUGUAUUGGACUCAAUCAAUCCUGAUUGGAUUCCAUUACCUGGUUUAAGUAAUAAAAGUAUGAAUGUAAAUGAACGUCAAAAAACCAGUAGUAAAUCAACUCAAGAUAAUGCUGUUUUCGGUUUUCCAUCUGAAAAUUUUAACAAUAAUGAAAACGAUAAUGGUCAAGAUAUUAAUCAUGAAAGAAGAACAAGUAAUGUUGAUAUCAGCGUCGAAGCUGAUGCUGAUGAUGGCGGCGGCGGUGCUGGUGGCACCACUACUGAAGAUACGGAGGAUGGUGAAACAGAUGAUGAGAAAUUAGAUCAUAGUGAUGAAACCCGUCUGGAUAAAUCACAUCAAGUACAAACCUUAUAUCCUAAUCAAGCUAUACCUUCACCAGUCUAUACAAAUUUGAAUGAACUUAAGAAGGCUGCUGCACGUAAAUUUCAAAGUCGUAAUUCUCCCACUGUAAAUAAUAUAAACAAUAAUAGCAAUAACAAUGAAACUGUACCGAAUAAUGACAGCAGUUCCUUGUAUACUAGUCGUAAAUUCAGUUUGCCAUCGAAUGAAUCAAUGCUCACUCCAACAGUUGUCGCAGAUUCUUUUCCUGUCAGUGAUAUCAACAAAGUUGAUUCAGGUUUACCACAGUCAUCUCAUUUCAUUUGGCCACCGAUGACAACACUUGAUAAUGUCAGUUGUGAUAGUGGGGGACAAGAGAUUAAUUCUCGUUCAUUGUGUAAUACUACACAUAUGUCUAGUGUGAAUAAUAAUAAUGUUUCUAGUUUAUGGGAAUACAAUAACUUGAUAACGACCGAUCAAACUACUUCUCCUUUCUUUCAUCCUACAUCAAUAACACAGUCAUCAGGGUAUUUAGCUACUACGUUAUCACCGUCAUUAUCUUCGAAUGGGAAUGAUAUUAAUACUAAUAAUAAUUUAUAUGACGCAUCACAGUCUUCUGCUUCUACUACUAAUGGUGAUGCUAUCGGUUACAUAAAUACAAUUGUUAAUUCUGGUACUUCAACAUUUCGACGACGUCAAUCAGAGUAUUUUAAAAAGUCAUUGGAUUCAACAAUAUCCUCUGGUAAAAUCUGUUCAUCUCCUCCUCCUCCUGGUCCUCCAUUAAGUCCAUCUUCUGUGAAAAAUUCCAACUAUGCUUCUGUUACACCAGGUUUAAUACGUCGUGGUAGUCAGGCCUAUCAACAAACUCCUCAUAUUGGUAAUCGUCUAUAUGAUCGUCCAUUAGUACAUCCGCCUAGACGUUCAAGCAGUGUUAGUCGUGAAUUAGUUUCACAUAAUUCUUCAUUAAACAAUAUCAAUACUGUUAAUAAUAAUAAUAGUUUGCUAACAACCAAUCAUCACCAACACUCUUCACGAUUAAAUUUAUCCGAUUUUGCUGGUAAUAAAAAUCCAUCACUAUUUAAUUCAUCCUUAAUGUAUGAACAGUCUACCACUACUAAUAAUAAUAAUAGUAAUAUUCAUCAUCAUUACCAACAACAGCCUCAAUUGAACUUUCUUCAUCGAACAAGUCCCAAUUGUUCUGUUGCAUCAAUGUUACAACAAAAUCAUUACAGGCAACUGCAACAACAACCAUCAAUUCAACAUGAAAUGUUUCCUUCAUCCUGUACUCCUUCUAUAUCAAGUGCGAACAACAACAUUUCACAUUGUUCUCGUAUUUAUUCCGGCAAUAGUAAUAAUAAUAAUGGUAUUGUUGGCCGUGGUAGUCCCUUACCCGGGAAUAAUAUGGAUAGUAAUCCGAGUGGUACUACUAAUAGUCAAUUAAUGUUUGGUGUUAAAGUUUUGCCUAAUGUUGUAACACCACAAUUACUGAAUAAUACUAAUAGUAAUAAUCCUAGUAAUCAUCAUCAGUCAAGAUUACCACAAAGAGGUGGAUUAAUGCGUCAGACGAGUUGUGAACCAUCAGUAAUUAGUGGCUCAUUGAUGAAUAACACAAUCGGUGGUGGUGGUGGUGGUAGUAGUAGUUUAUCAAGGUCACAAAUGAAUUCUACUUUAUUGACUGAUCGUCAGUCAUCACAAGAGUUCAUGCAACAACUACAACAACAACAAUUUCAUUAUGCUAGUAAUAUUCAUAAUUCUAGACAAAGCUCAUUUUUACAAUCACAACAUCAAGCUUCUGGUGUUGGUGACAGCAAUUUAAAAGGUCAACAACAUCAAUUAUCUACAGAUGACGGUGUAACUAGUUUUAUUGAAUGA